AAAAAAAAAAACAUUUCAUUCCACCGCUCCAACACUCGCCGCCGGAUGUCACCGCAGCUCCAACCCUCGCCGCCGCCGGACGCCGCCGCCAAACACCGCCGAACACCGCCGAACGUCGCCGAACACCGCCGCCGCUGAAUCCAUUGUUAUCAAGCCGCCGCCGUCUUUGUUGUACAAUGGAAGAACCACGUGAACCUCGUAUACCUCCGACUGUCUCGAACCGUAAGAAGAGGAAGGAAUUAUCCGAUUGAGGCAAGGGCAAGGCAAUCACGACCAAGAAAAAGACCACGACCAAGAAGAAGUUUGGAGAGGGUUCUUCCUCAAUGAAUCCGGUGCCAGCUCUACCUUCGACUAUAGAAGUUGGUGAUUCGAGCAACGAACCGGUCCGAGGUCCCGAGAUACCGGAAUUGUACACAAAUUUUGAUAAGCACAUUGCUUAUCAUAUUGUGAACGAAGGGCCAGAGCGCGGCUCAGAAUUUCGAAUUCGAAAUCACACAGGAACUUUGAAAGGCUGGGUGCCGACGCCGUUUAUUACAGAGGCAGUACAAAGAGCUGGAUUAAUGUUAGUUGUAGAAGCAUCGUACAACACUGUGGACGACCAUCUACUUAGAGCCUUCAUAGAGAGAUCGCAGCCAGCUACCAACACAUUUCAUUUACCUGUUGGAGAGAUGACCAUCACACUUGAUGAUGUGAGUACGUUGGUCGGUUUGCCAGUUGUUGGACGUACCGUAUCUUGCGAGCGUUUGAUCGGUGAUUCUAAAACGAAGCCCAGUAGUUUGAUGUUCGAAAUGCUAGGUGAGUACCCGGACGAUGUAGACAAGAAGAAAGCGGUGAAGAUGGAAUGGUUGAAGACUAUAUUUAGCGAGGUGACCACGAGAGAUAGUGCUGAUAAGAGGACAUACGCCAUUCGGGCGUAUUUGUUAUUUUUGCUCUCGUGUACUAUACUGUGCGACAAGACAGGCAACAUGGUAAGCGUGGAGUAUCUAAAUCUCGUCUCUGAUUUGGAUCGGAUCGGCGAGUAUGCUUGGGGAACUGCAUGUCUUUGCCGGUUGUACGAUGAGCUUUCGUCAGCCUCACAAAAAUCAACGAACUCGAUGGCUGGCUGGCUGACGCCUAUCAAUCACUGUAUAUUAAAUCUCGAUCUGUUACAAUGCAAUUAG